GCUAGAGAGGUGACCGUUGUGUACCACAUCAACGUACACAAGCGCUCUGCCACGAGAAUUAGUUAUUAAAAAAGCGGAGGGGAGAGAAUAUACAAGCCUCCGCAGGAAAAGUCUCCCACCGUCAACUCAAAAAUGCAGCGCACCUCCCUCCUGAUGGGCGGGUACAUGAUGUACCACCGCAAGGCCAUGGGGACGAUGCGGUACAGCAAGUGGAAGGGCGCGCGUGGCGGUGUCGGCCACUUCUACAACCGCACCGCCAUGAUCGAGGAGGCGCCCACCAACGUGCCGGUGUCUCUCGUGGAUCGUCGCAUGAUGAACUACGUCCACCGCUCCCGCCUGCGCCACUUCCAGCUCUUUCGCUCCUACCAGCAGAAGUCGAACUCCACGGAGUGUAAGCUGCGCGAAGGCGAGAUGCUGCGGCGACGGUGGCACCGCAAGCUACAGAAAUCGUUUAUUGCGUUUAUGCAGUUUAAGACAAUGAAAGUGCUGGAGGAGCAGGCAAAGCUGGUCUCGCAGUACGGGCAGGCUUCGGUGAACGCUGCCCUCGGCGACCCGUACGAGGCGACGACGAAUGCAGCGCGGGAGCGCAAGUACGUGGCGCUGCGCAGACGUGUGCAGACACUUCCUUCCAUCCAGGUGGUGCCGAAGCACGUGGCGACGAUGAAGCAGAUACACAACGACCGCUUCAACUUCCGCUGGCGUGUUAACUGA